AUGAGUCUCAACUAUAGAAACGUUGUAAAGCUUGAGGACAAGGAUAUUUUAACUCCUGAUAAGGACGGUGAUAAAAAGAAGGAUCUUUAGAGAAAAGAUUCUGAUUUGUAACAGCUUGAAGGAGAAAAGCAGAACGCUAGUGAAAAGAUUAACCUAUAGCAUAUUAUGGAAUUGAGAGAGGCAUUUGAAGCAGCUGAUACUGAUAAAGGAGCCUUUGGUGGUGUUAUCGGUAAGGGUAUGAAUCCCAAACAACUUAACCAGCUUUUCAUGAAGAUUGAUGCUGAUUCAAAUGGAUCUGUUGCUGAGCAUUUUGAGUACGUUAAAGCAAACAAGCCUGAUCCCCCUCCUAAAUCUGAGAAAUUGUGCCAUAAUGAUAUGAUUACUUGCAUUUUGGUUUUGUAGCCAGAAGAUUACUAAGAUGGAAACAGAGCUUAAGUUCACAAGUCAUCAGGUGCUGAAACUAAAAAGAACAUAAAAUUUAUUACUUCAUCGAGAGAUGGUACUGUAAAAGUGUGGAUUGGUCUUGCACUUAAAUGGGAGAAGACUAUCCAGGUUAGCUCUAGUUGGGUAACUGCAAUUCAAUAUAUGGUACUGUCAAAAAGACUAGUGGCUGCUUGUGCAAAUAGAAUGAUAAGCUUCUAUGAUUUGAAUCAGACUAAUUAUAAUGUUCCUGUUAGUAGAAUUGAAAAUCUAGUUGGUAUCCCUCUCUGCCUAGAAUGCCAUAAGCACGAGAUUGAAGAUCAGUUUGAAAAGAAAAUUGAAGAUCUUUAUGAAUAAACGGUUGAGAAAAAGAACAAAGCAAAGACUGCUUCGAACAAGAAGGAAGGCUAAAUCAUUGAAAAGGAUAAGACAUCUACUACUCUAUCAAAGAAAAAGCCUAUAGCUUAUCAAAGAAAAGAACAUGGACUGACAAUAAUUGAAAAACAGAUACAUAAAGGAUGGAUUACUAAAAUCAAGUUUUACCCUGACCUUAACUAUAUCAUUUCCUCAUCUCUUGAUGGCUUUAUUCAUAUCCAUGAUAUUGAGGAUUUGAGUUACAAGGAGAACAAAACAUUUAAUCUUCAUUAAAAAGGUGUAAACUCCUUCGUGUAUUCAUCUAAGCACAGAUUUGUUGCAAGUUGUGGAGAAGAAAGGCAUAUCAUCAUGUGGGAUCCAUUCACACUAGGUGCUCUUUCAUAUCUAUAUGGCCAUAAUACUUCAGUUUAAGAUUUGACUAUCAAUGAAGAUAGACAUCAUUUGAUUAGUUUAGGCACAGAUAAAGUUGUUAAGAUUUGGGAUAUUAGAACUUAUGCUUGCAUCCAAACGAUUUUUGAUAAAAUAUGCUACAGACCUGAAGAUAGACUAACAUUCUUACAUUUUGAUAAGAACACAAAUAAUAUCUUAUUAGUAUCUGGAGAUGAUGGUAGUUUUAUAGCAGUAUGGGAUAUUGAAAAUGGGAAACUCAUGUCUAAGUUCGGAGACGCUCAUGGAGUAUUAUUUAAUGGUCAAUGUUUGACAGAAUUAAUCAGUGAGGAGACUGGAAAGAAAUUAGACUCUGAAAUUACUGCAGUUGCAAACACUAUACAGUUUGAUCCAGAUGCAGACAUGGAAAAUUAGAAAAUGUCUCAUAUUAUCACUGUUGGCUGGGAUAAGAAAAUUCAUAUCUGGCCUGAUGAUAAGGAAGAGGAGGUAGAGACUUGUAAAAUUCUGCCAAAAAAUGAACAAAAAGGGACUAACCAACUUAUCUACACAGGUGGUCAUGAUGGUUCUUUAAUAGCUUGGAACUUUGAAACUGGAUAUGUUAAGUUCUACUUGCACGAUUGUGAUGCAUCAUGCAUGUCUAAGACGGGAGAGUACAUAAAAGAGUCAAAAUCUCUAUUGAUCUUCUAUAAAAAGAAGCUAUUGAUGAGUGUGACUGCAGAUCAGUAUAUUAGAUUUUGGGAUUUUGAUAUCACUGGAUAGAAACAGCCAAUUUUUACUUUCUACGCAGAUCAUCAUAAGGAUGAUUCUAUUAGUGCUAUCGCAACCACUAUUGAGAAUGAUUACAUUGUUACAGGAGACACAUCAGGCUGCUUGAAGCUGUGGAACAUUGAAAACUUCAGAUUCAAAGAGGACCACUCAACUGAAAACAUUAAAGUUGAAUGGUUCAUUAUUGCACACAAGUCAGUUGUUAAUAGCAUUCAGAUAGUCGAAGGAAAACAAUUCUAGGAGGACAAAUUCAUUAUAACUGCUUCUAAUGACCACAAUAUUCAUCUUCACAGACUAUCUAAUGGAGUAUUCAUUGGGCAGUUUGGCUAAGAGUCAAUGUGGAAUAUUCAUGACUUAAGUGCCUUUGAAAGAAGAAGACCUAGGUAUGUUAGAUCCUGGUUCCUUGCCAACUUCCCUAAGAGAAUCAAGAAAUCUCUACAGAAUCAGAAGAAAACAGUUGGAUUUAAAGACUCAAUGUAUUUGGAAGAAUCUAAGAUUGAAGAGGGGUAUGAUUCUCAAAGUCCAACUAGAGGAAAGGAAGAUCAAAAGGAUCAAUUUGAUGAUGACUACGACUCAGAAGAUGAUGACGAUCUUGGUGGUGUUACUAUCAAAGGUGCUUCUCAAUAUCUUAGCUAUCAACCAAGAGAAAAGAAGCAGUCAGAUAGAAAUAAGAUCAUCAAUGAAGAGAAAUACUUCAAGAAUAUUUAGAGAUUGUCUCCGAAGUUAGACAAGGGUAAAAAUCUCAAAUAACUAAGAGAGAGACUUGUGCAAGAUUUCAAACAAAAGUAUAAGAAUAAUAGCAGCGCUUUUCUUAAUGAUUGA